GAACCUUGUCCCAAAAAAGCCACCUUGGCCAAAGUGGUGCCAACCCCAAACAAUGGAUCUGUCGAGCUGGUGCCACUCCACAGGGACCAGGGUGAGGACGGGCAGGAGGCUCUUUCCUUUGAAUUUCAGAAGAUUAAAUACUCCUAUGAAGUAGAUGGCAAGAAGGAAUUCCUGCCUGUUGCUUUCCCUGUGGAACAUCCCCUUGGCUACUACCAGACAGCCCGGGGCUACCAGGAGGACAAAGAUAUCCGAGCAGCUGAGAAGAAAUAUGGUACAAACAAGGCUGAGAUGGUGGUGCCAGAGUUCCUGGAGCUUUUCAAGGAGCGAGCCACGGCCCCGUUCUUCGUCUUCCAGGUGUUCUGCGUGGGGCUCUGGUGCCUGGAUGAGUAUUGGUACUACAGUGUUUUCACCCUCUCCAUGCUGGUGGCUUUUGAGGCCUCUCUGGUCCAGCAGCAGAUGAGGAACAUGUCAGAGAUCCGAAAAAUGGGCAACAAGCCCUACAUGAUCCAGGUGUACAGGAACAGGAAGUGGCGUCCCAUAUCCAGUGAUGAGAUCAUCCCAGGGGACAUUGUUUCCAUUGGGCGAUCUCCUCAGGAGAACCUGGUGCCCUGUGACGUGCUGCUGCUGAGGGGAAGGUGCAUCGUGGACGAGGCCAUGCUCACAGGAGAGUCUGUGCCACAGAUGAAG